UCCCUGACCCACCCCUCUUAAGUUUUUAUUAUUAUUAUGUACUUCGGUGUCGAAGUGUUGUCUGUGGCCGACUUUUACUCGAUCGUAUUUUAGUCCUUAAUGUUGUAUCGUUCUUACCUUGUGGAUUGACUUUUCGUCUCUGUAUGUGUGGCAAUAUGACGCCAAUUAUAGAGUUUGAAGAAUGUCUUCGUGACUCACCGAAGUUUAGAGCCUCGCUGGAAGAACAAGAACAAAGCAUUGAACAGCUGGAACAACGCCUAGACAGGGUUUUGAAGACAUGUGGACAAAUGGUGGAUUCUGGUCGAAACUAUGUCACUCAACAAUCACAGUUUAUCCAUUCAUUAUGGGACUUGAGUGCACAUUUCAGGGAUGACCCUCAGGUGGCGUCACCUCUAAACAAACUUAUUCCAGCCCUUCAAGAAAUGAACAAGUUUCAAAACAUUUUACUAGACCAAGCCAGCCGAACAGUAUUAAAGAAUCUCCAGACCUUUAUUAAGGGUAACAUAAAAAGUGCCAAAGAAUCUCGUCAUUACUUAGAGAAAAUUUCAGGGGACCUUGAUGGAGCUCUCUCAAGAAAUGCCCAGAUCCCAAAGUCUCGACCUCUUGAAGCAGAGGAAGCCCAAAAUAUUUUGAGUGCCACCCGUUCAUGUUUUCGUCACACAGCACUAGAUCAUGUCAGAGUUCUAAGCCUUCUUCAAGCCCGCAAGCGUCAAGAAGUCCUUGGAACUCUAUUGAGCUAUAUGCAUGCAUGGAGUACCUUUUUCCACCAAGGUUCUGAUCUUACACAAGACUUAGAUCCAUUUCUGAAAGAACUAGCAGAAAGUAUUUCUAAACUGCAGACAGAUGCGAACAGGCUUGAAAAAGAAAUGGAAAACAGACAUACUUUAGUUACAAGCAAGGACUGUGUUUUAAGUGAACAGAAUAAACAACUAGAUUCUAACGAUGAUUUGCGUUUUCCCCCGAAUGGCAUCCCUUCUAUCCAAGGAUAUCUUUUUAAACGGACUUCUAAUGCAUUCAAGACUUGGAAUAGGAGAUGGUUUGCCCUGCAGGAUAACCAGCUUGUUUAUAGAAAAAGAAGUGGAGAAGAUGUAACUGUUAUGGAGGAAGACUUAAGGCUGUGUACCGUAAAGCCCAUUGUAGAGGGUGAUAGAAGGUUUUGCUUUGAAGUUGUGUCUCCAAACAAGAGCCAUAUUCUCCAAGCAGAUUCUGAGGAAAUGUAUCUUGCAUGGAUAGAGGCCCUACAAAAAGGGAUUGGAGCUGCCUUCCAGCGAGCCAUGAGCACUGGAGAUGAAAUUCUAAAUGCUUCAUCUUCAUCUUCUUCACCGAGAAGUCAGUCAGCAGUUCAUUCCACAAAGAAUCCUUCACCAAAGUCAAAUAACAGUGGAACAAACCAUUUGUCUCUCAUGACAUCUCAAACACCACCAAAACCCAAACGUACAAGGGUUUGGGAACAAUUGAUUAACAUUCCAGGAAAUGAAGUAUGUUGUGACUGUGGCCAAGAGAAACCUGGUUGGGCCAGUAUUAACUUGGGUAUUACUUUAUGUAUUGGUUGUUCAGGCGUGCACCGCAGUUUGGGAGUGCACCACAGCAAAGUGAGAUCUCUGACAUUGGACCAGUGGGAGCCUGAAAUUAUUAAGGUCAUGGCAGAACUUGGAAACUUUAUCGUCAAUCGAACUUACCAAGCAAAUGUAGAUCCUGAUAUGAUUCGAGCAACACCAAACUGCUCAAAUGUUGUUAGAGAGGUUUGGAUUAAGACAAAGUAUGUUGAACGUAAAUUUGUGAAACAACUAUCAAGUCAAACUUUUUGCAAGAAUAAGUGGAUAGUGUCGAGGCGGAGAACCAUGACCAGACCGCAGAGUCGUGACAACAGGAACAGCCGCCAAAGUCAACCCUUGUGUCCUGCUGGUCAACAAGGAACUGCAAGAGAAGAAAUUCACAAACUAGAAAAUGACAAUAAUACAAGUGGUUCAAAGAGUUUAGAUACAGAUAACUCAGACAAGGAAAAACCAGUUAAUGCUGAAGUUUUGCUUUUUGGGGAAACUACCUUAGGUGGUUCAGUUGAAAUAGAACUUAGCAGUGACGAAGAGUCAAUUGACGGAGAAGACGAAAAGUCUCUAGUUGAGGAAGAUAUAUCCAAGCUGCAUCCAGAUAUGUUACUCUAUAUGGCAGCCGCAGCUCACAAUUUACCUGUAAUGUGUAACGCACUUGCACUAGGGGGAAACAAAAAUUGGAUGAAUCUCAAAGAUGGCAAUCGAUGCCCUCUCCAUCAAGCUGUCUUAAGCGGUUCUGUUAUGGCUUGUGAGUACUUACUUUUGAAUGGAGCAUCCAUUAAUCAGCAGGAUGACAAAGGCAAAACAGCUCUUCAUUUAGCAACCGAACUAGGUCACACUGCCCAAGUGUGCUUGUUAUUAAAGCACCGAGCUGAUCAGCACUUGAAGGAUACAGACAAUCAUGAGCCUUUGGAUGUAGCUAUUCAAGAAGCAAAUGCAGACAUUGUAACCCUCCUUCGUUUAGGUCUACUUGAUGAAGAAAUGAAGUCAUCUGAUUCCCAAGGAGAUGAUACAUUUAACGAUGUUGUAAGAGAUUUUUCCCAACUUGCCAUGUCACAUCCAGAAAGACUUGUUCGGCCCUCUACAAAUAGGGGGGCUGAAUGACAAGAGGCCAUCUCACUGCCGCAGUCACCUUGCCACUCACAUCUGCUGCAGUCACCAUCACACUCUCUUAAUCUGUCUCCAGCCUUCACUGCCUCUAAAAGAACUGACUCUGCCCAGGUUGUAUCUUGGAUUGGGAGUGUGCGUAAAAUUUUUUCAAAGCGAAACAAGAAGAAGCGCACUCAAGUAAUGAAACUUAAGUAAACCAUAUUAUCGUUUGUAUUCCUUCCUUUCUGUUUGUUCCAUGUUAUUCCCAGGUUCUCAUCAAUUAUAGUGUAUUAGAUAUUUUUCUUAUAUAAUGCUGUCCAUGUACAUUGCCAUCAUACAAUACCUAAAUAUGGUAAUCCUAUGAACAACCUCCAUCUAUCCCUAUAUGUGCUUUUUAAUACAAUCAAUUCUUUCUUUUUAUUUUAGAUCUAUAGCUUUGUUGUGGCUUUCGUUAUUGACUUUUAAUCUUACGUGAUCAUUAUAAUUAAAUGCACUGAGUAUUUGGUGCGUGAUUUAUUCAUAUCUAAUCAGCACAAGAGUUUGAGGGUUACAGUGAUUGAACAAGAUGUGAUAUCAUUUAUUGUGUUUAUUGAACACCAGAUAUUAUAUACUACUAUUAGAAAUCAUAGUACUGUAAUUCAAUGUAGAAACUUGAUGUAAUUUUUCUUUUUUGAGCAAAUUUUUUAACUAAGAUACUUUAAAGUAUUGUUCCUAGAAUUCGUGAUCAAUUGGAAAGAUUACUUUUCAAAAAAACUAUUGUUCUGUAUACAAUUUUUUACAUCACCAAGUUUAUUUACUCAUUCUACUCAGUGAGUGAGUUGUGUCUAUUUUUUAUAUGUUUUAAUUUUAACGUAUAUCUCUGUUAUACUAUCUGUAGUAGACUUGCAUAGUAUAUUUUGUAUGAAUUUUUUUAGAAUAGCAACUCAGGUUUCAGAGCUCUGCCAAAUCGCCUUCCGAGACCGAGCGCGCCAGGCCGCGCGGUCUGUCGCAGGCCGCCAGCCCAGGCGAGAGGUGAGGAGCGGAGACAGCGGGGAGGCUCCCCUCCUCACCUCUCACCUGGCAGGCGGCCUGCGCAGACGGAGGUGGCCUGGCGCGGUCGGUUUCAGAAGGCAAUUUGCAGAGCUCUGUCAGGUUUUGUAGCAUAUGGUAUAAGAUAGAUGAUCUUAUUCAAGCAUUAUUCAAUUUGCAUUCCGGUUGUGUGAAUGUUAAAAUUGUAGGUAUUCUUGAUGAUGUUUAUGUUAUGAAGUAUUGAAUCAUUAGAAACUAUUGCCUGUUCAAUAUUAUAUUGCUGUGCCUAUCAUUGUGAUAAAUGCAAGAGAUCAAAUUUUGAAAUAAGGCAGUUGUUGGAUGGGAGAACUCCGUUAUGACAAUAUUGUCUGUGAUUUGGUAUACAAUUGAAAUGCUGAUAGUAAGCUUUCCGUACCAAAUUGUCAUUGGUCUUAUUCGGAAUAUUACAUUGUUUUAUCAAUCACUCUUUUGUGAUGUUAAAAAAGACAGUGUGUGAUAAGGGAAAAUCAUUUAGAGAUUCAUUAGACAUGUACUAUGGUCUUUUUUUUCUUUUUUCUUUUUUUUGAAUGAUAAAUGAUGACAUCCUGCUGAUCAAGUUUGUUAUACCACAUUUUGAAAGAAAAGGAUUCAGUAUCCUAUUUUGUGAUACAGGUACUGAGAUUCAAUAUUCAAACUGACUGCAGCUGCAUUCAACUUGACUUUUAGCAAUCUCAGAGAUGACUGGACAUGACACAAAGGUGUCCAUUAAAUGAAACUGUUGACAGACAACAGCAGAAUAAGUUCUUGUUAGUUUUUGUUGAAAACGACACAUUAUGUUUUAUAAUACAGGAUGCAUCCCUUCAUAUUUUUAUCAGUAUUUUUUCCUCCUUUAAGAAAUAAGAACAAAGAAAAUUUGAUUAUUGAUCUAAUUAAUAACAACACAGUAGAUGUUUUGUAUUCUGUGUUUUACUUUCUUUUUUCCUUUUUAGAGGGCUUUGCUUGAAACUUAAUUAGUGUAUGAUUUAUUCAGCGUGAUGUUGUUGGCUUUCUACUACUUCAGUCAACACCAGUCCUUACAUGUUUAUGACCUAUUUUUAUGUAAUAGUGCCUUUGAUCUUCAAAUAGAAGUACAUUACAUGAUUUUUGAAAACUAGUCAUCUUCAAGAACAUGAUGCUGCUCAGUUCCUCAUCAUGUGUAGUUGUGCUGCAUGUAAUUCAGUUGAGUGGUAUAAUAUACUUUUCUAUUUCACUUAACACAGCCAUAAGCGCAAGUAAUUCUGUGCCGGAAAUUGUUUUUGUAUUCACCAAUCAAUUGUUUUUGAAGGAAACUUCAUUAUUCACUUUAUCACUUUAUCAAUCAUCUUAGUUAUAUUCACAAAAUGAAUCUCAAAGUAUUUGUGUGGUUCAGGUGCAAGCUGUGGCUUUUGUAGUCAGUAUGUUAUAAUUUACACAACGAAAUACAUAUUUGGUAGUCAUAAA